UCGGACAGAAGGCGAAGACCGGAGAGCCGGAGUUUGAGCCGACGACAGCCGUGCGACAGGAGCUCCCUUGUUUCCCUUUGGCAACUUGCUGUCGUCUCGGAAACUUUUGGCCGGGUAAUGGACCACUAACAAGACCUUUUCGAGGCUCUACUCAGCGACUUCAAAGCGAGCAGUCGAAAUCGCCGCCACCCUCUCGCCACAGCACCGUCGUCAUCGUCAGCCAUGGGUAAACAGAACAGCAAGCUGCGUCCCGACGUCAUGCAGGACCUGAUGGACAACACCGACUUCACCGAGCACGAGAUCACCGAGUGGUACAAGGGCUUCCUGCGGGACUGCCCCAGCGGCGCCCUCUCCAUGGAGGAGUUCAAGAAGAUCUACGCCAACUUCUUCCCCUAUGGCGACGCCUCCAAGUUCGCAGAGCACGUCUUCCGCACGUUCGAUGCCAACGGGGACGGCACCAUCGACUUCCGGGAGUUCAUCAUCGCCCUGAGCGUGACCUCGCGCGGCCGCCUGGACCAGAAGCUGAAGUGGGCGUUCAGCAUGUACGACCUGGACGGCAACGGCUACAUCAGCAAGGCGGAGAUGCUGGAGAUCGUCACGGCCAUUUACAAGAUGGUGUCCUCGGUGAUGAAGAUGCCCGAGGAUGAGUCGACGCCUGAGAAACGCACAGAUAAGAUCUUCAGGCAGAUGGACACAAAUCGAGAUGGUAAAUUGUCACUGGAGGAGUUUGUGGAGGGGGCCAAGAACGACCCCUCCAUCGUGCGGCUGCUGCAGUGCGACCCGGGCAGCGUCGGCCAGUAGACAACCAGAACUCUUUCUUGGUUUUUCCCCCCCCCAUUUUAUUAGUUUUUUUUUUCCACUGCAGUUUAGUUUAUCAUUCCAAAAACGUCAAAAAAGCCUCUCCAGGCAGUCGACCAACACUUGAAGGACAACUUGAAGGACGUGCUGCUCACACGGUACAAAUGCAGGACUUUGGAGGAAAAAAACUGAUUCCAACAGACAAUCCAGACAUAUUUUGAUGAAGUAUGUUGACAUCCCCCCGCCCCCUCCCCUCGCGGAAAUGCACUGAAUCCUUGCUAGCUCUUCCUUCCACAGACUGGAGCAUCUGGGAAAUGUAGGUUUUAAUGUUUUUAACGCACAUCUCGGAGGAAUGCUACGUCAACCCAUGCACAAUUAAGUUCAAAAUGCGUUUUGAUUCGGUUAAAUUGGUGUCUGUCAGUGAGAACUGGCACCGGGAAAGUGAUAAAAGACUGUAUCAUUUCAUUAUUCUGACAUUUUGAUAACAGGUUCCAUGUCUAUGUCCGUGAUAAAAUGGCCAAAUUACAUAUUUGGAUGCAGCAAAUCCAGCAGUGUUAGCAACUCAUGCUAACACAUCAAAUGAUAACAGGCCCAAAGUCGCACAACUCUGACUAGCAUGUGUUAGCAUGCUAAAGCUAGCAGGAAUGACUGUGACCAAAGUUACCAAGAUCCUUGCCGUUUCCUCCAAAUUGUCCCCAAAAAUGUAAAAUUUGAAAAUAUUGUGUCAUUUGUCACAUUCUUAUAUAAUUUCCCGGUAAAAUAAUAUUGAACAUAUAUUUAAUGACUUUAAUAUGAAUCAUUUUGGUCUUAAGUCUGUGUUGUAUUUUUGACAACAUCCUCCUUAUUUUAAUGUGAUUUGAAGCAGAUACCUAUUUCAAAUAGCUUAAUACACAAACGGAAUGAUACAUCUGCAGCAAACACAAAAAGAUGUUUUUAAAAUGUAUAGUAUUCUUUUACGACAGAUGAGAUUCACUUUAAAAAAUUGGAUGUGUAAAUUAUUGCAUUGUGAUGUUUUGUUUUACUUGAAAGAAGAAACGACGUUGUACAGUAUAUUCACUCGUAUUUAUGAUAGACGUGUCGAAGAGGAGAGGACCACACGCAUCGCUGUGCAUUGACAACUUUCAAGUGUAAGAUUCCCACUCUUUUCCUAAUUGUUUUGAUUUUUGCACCAAAUUUCUAACCAAACAAACGUCAGUGCCGUGUUGCAUUCACUGACAUUCUCUUUUUAAUAGUCUGGCGUGAAAACACAGGAGAAACCAUUUGUUUGUUUUUUCCUGCAGUUGGGGAAUGUAACCCUGGGAAUGAAUGUAUGUAAUACAUAAGUGAUAAGUAUGGUGCCUGAUCAGGUACCCCACCCAGCACAGCAUCUUGUGGUCAAGUGCCAAAUAUAGAAGAAAAAAUGAAAUCAUACACAGUAUUGUAUCAUUUAUACUGUACAGUUGUCGAACAAAGAAAAGAGGUUUUUCAAAAAAGGCUGUCACUAUCAUUUUUGUAGAUUUUUGUAUUGUAAACUCGCAUCAUGUGUUCUGUGUAGGCUGUCCGUUUUGUUAUUUAAAUAAAGACAAAAUGGCGAGAUA